UCCAAUCGAGACUCGGAUUCAGACAGUGCCGAGUUCUACGACCGCCCAGACAACAAAUCCAGCAUUAAAAUCCAAAUCUAAAAUGUCCCUCACCGAGCAAUUCAAUGCCGCCGCCGAGAAGGUGAAGUCUCUGACCAAGCGCCCCAGCGAUGAUGAGUUCCUCGAGCUCUAUGCCCUCUUCAAGCAGGCCACCGUCGGCGACAACGAGACCAGCAAGCCGGGCCUUUUGGAUCUGAAGGGCAAGGCCAAGUGGGAGGCCUGGGGCAAGCAGAAGGGCAAGUCCACGGAGGCUGCACAAAAGGAGUACAUCGCCUUCGUCGCGGGUCUGGUGGCCAAGUAUGCCUAAGUCCCGGCUGAACUCAGAUUCAAGCCAAACUGAAUUGAUUUUAAACAACAACUAGAGAGACUAAAGCUAUUUAUAUAUGGUAGACAAUACGGAAGCAGAUCUUUAUAAUGCCUAAUAAAAUUUGAUUAUCUUUUACA